UCCUCGCUUCCUGACGGCAUGAAUGUAUUCAUUACGAUCAAGAAAAUCUUGACCGAUAUGCUACCGCUUUGAGUCGUUCUGCACGAUGUGAUCCUGCUGUUUCCCCAUAUUGAAAGGGGUCGUCUGGUAUUGAUACAGGGAGACGGCUUGAUCAAUUUCCACUUUAGUGGCAUGUCCUCUGCCUAUCACUGAGACGAUCACAAAAGAGCUGUCAGACUGCGCCGAUCACGGCAUUAUCAGGGGAAAGGCGUGAACGUUGGACUAGCGGCAUGGCCUCAGAAUCUGCAGAAGACGAUGUGGUUGAGCAGCGGUCGUCGAUUUCUUGGAAAAGGAUCGACCCUGCAGAGGAAGAAUUUCCUGGCAGAUUGCAGGACAACAAUGACUUGGACGACUUUGAGGAGCUCAUGAAGGCUGCUCGAGGCAACUUGGACCCUGCCAUGAGAUCAAAGGUGGCAGUCCUUCCCAGGAGCGAGAGUGGGCAUGACAGGAAGGUAGAGCUGGUGCCCCUGAACAGCCUGAACUUCCAGCAGCGCACCCAGAUCCUGGACAUGGCCCUGAAGACGAAGGACAUGGACAACGAGCUCUUCCUGCGCAAAGUGCGCUCCAGGCUGGACAGGGUGGGCAUAGAGCUGCCAUCGGUGGAGGUGCGAUUUGAGGGGCUGGAAGUGGAUGCUCAAGCAUACGCGGCUGGCCGCGAGCUGCCGUCAAUCUUCAAUGCCUACAGAAAUUGGGUGGAGGGGCUGCUGCAGCGGCUGCGGCUGAUGCGCAGCACAAAGAAGAACAUCAGCAUCCUCAAGGGCCUCACCGGCACCAUCAAGCCGGGGCGGCUGACGCUGCUGCUGGGGCCGCCGGCUUCGGGCAAGACCACUCUGCUGAAGGCGCUGUCGGGCAAGCUCAGGAAGGACGACCUGGAUGUGCGGGGCAAGGUCACCUUUAAUGGGUAUGGCUUUGAUGAGUGCGUCGUGGGGCGUACCUCCGCCUACGUGGACCAGGUGGACAACCACAUCGCCGAGCUGACCGUGCGCGAGACGCUCGACUUUGCCGCGCGCGUGCAGGGCGCCGGCUUUGAUGAGAUCCAUGAGCUGCGCAAGCGGGAGAAGGAGCAGGGCAUAGAGCCGGACUGGGAGAUUGACUCCUUCAUGAGAGCAAGCGCAGCGCGGGGCAAACGACACAGCAUCAUGGCAGAUUACGUCAUGCGCAUGCUUGGCCUCGAGGUCUGCGCGGACACUAUGAUCGGCAGCCAGCUGAUCAGGGGCAUCAGCGGCGGCCAGAAGAAGCGAGUGACUACAGGGGAGAUAGUGGUGGGCCCAUGCAAGACUCUGUUCAUGGACGAGAUCUCAACGGGUUUGGAUAGCAGCACGACCUACCAGAUUGUGCGCUGCAUCCGCAACAUGGUGCAUCUGCGAAAGAGCACGGUGUGCAUGAGCCUGCUGCAGCCGCAGCGGGAGACCUACAACCUCUUUGACGACGUGAUGCUCCUGGCUGAAGGGCUGCUGGUGUACCACGGCCCCAAGGAGGAGGUGGUUCCUUUCUUUGAGGGUUUGGGCUUUCGGCUGCCGCCGCGCAAGGGCACGGCCGACUUCCUGCAGGAGAUCACCUCGCGCAAGGAUCAGCGCCAGUACUGGGCAGACCCCUCCAAGACCUACCGCUUCAUUCCCCCCGCCGAAAUGGCGCGCGCAUUCCAUCACUCCCCUGUCGGCCAGGCCGCUGCCGCCGAAGCCGCCUCUCCCCCUGUGCACACCAAGGAAGGUCUGUUCAUGAAGGCGUGCAUGCGGCGCGAGUUCAUCCUCAUGUCCCGCCACAGAUUCGUCUACUUCUUCCGCAUUGCCCAGCUGGCGCUUGUGGCAUUUGCGGCGGCUACGGUAUUUCUGCGGGUGCGCAUGCCGACAGAUACACUGGAGGACGGCAGAAAGUUCCUCGCCUUCAUCUUCUUUGGCAUCUACUUCAUGAAUGCCUCUGCCUGGAGCGAGCUCUCCAUCACCCUGGGCAACAUCAGCGUGUUCUACAAGCAGCGCAGCAACCUCUUCUACCCAGUCACCAGCUUCAGCCUGCCCACCAUCCUCCUGCGCAUCCCCCUCUCAGCCGUAUCAGCCAUGCUGUGGACUGUAAUGACAUACUUUGUUGUGGGCUUCGCCCCCGACCCUGGCAGGUUCUUCCUGUACUUCCUGAUCCAUGGCCUGGUCAACCAGACCUCCAUCACCAUCUUCAGGGCGACUGCGGCCAUCGGCAGGGCUGUGGUGCUGUGCAAUGUGGUGGCCUUCAUUUACAUUGCCUACAGCCUCAUGCUGUGCGGCUUCAUCAUCAGCUACAGCAACAUAGGUCCCUGGCUGAUCUGGGCGUAUUGGAUCAACCCACUCACCUACGCCUACAAGGCGGUCACAAUCUCAGAGUUCUCAGCGCCUCGCUGGCAGAAGCCCACGCCAGGGAACCCCUCCGUCCCUCUGGGCACAGCCAUUCUCCAGGCGAAUGACCUGGACACGCGCUCCUGGUGGAUUGGGGCCGCCAUAGGCAUCCUCAUCGGCUACGUAAUUGUUGGCAACAUCGUGCUGAACAUUGCACUUCGCGUUCUCAAUGAGCUCCAAGGAGGCAAGGCAAUAGUGGAGGAGCCCGGGGAAGAGGAUGCCUCUGUGAGCAACCAUCAGCCUGCUUUGGACACAGCCAAAGCCAGCACGAAUGGUCAGGUGGUGCAGGGCGCUUCGCACGGCAUGGUGCUGCCUUUCAUGCAGGUCACCGUCAGCUUCCGGGACGUGCGCUACUUUGUCCCCAUCCCAGAGGAGCUGGAGCUGCUGAAGGGCAUCACCGGGUGCUUCAGGCCGGGCGUGCUGACGGCGCUCAUGGGCGCCAGCGGGGCCGGCAAAACCACGUUCCUUGAUCUCCUUGCGGGACGAAAGACUGUUGGGAGGAUCGAGGGCGACAUUCGGGUGAAUGGCUUCCCCCAGGAGCACCGGACGUUUGCCAGGGUGUCUGGCUACGUGGAGCAGAGCGACAUCCACUCCCCACAGGCGACAGUUGAGGAGGCGCUGUGGUUCUCUGCGCGCCUGCGCCUGUCAAAGGACAUCAAUAACAAGCGCAUGUGGGCCUUCAUCCACGAGGUGAUGGAGCUGGUUGAGCUGAUGCCGCUGCGCAGUGCGCUGGUGGGCCUGCCCGGCACCAGCGGCCUCAGCGUGGAGCAGCGCAAGCGCCUGACCAUCGCCGUCGAACUGGUCGCCAACCCCAGCGCCGUCUUUAUGGACGAGCCCACCUCAGGGCUGGAUGCGCGGGCGGCCAACAUUGUCAUGCGUGUUGUCCGCAACAUUGCCAACGGCCGCACCAUCGUCUGCACCAUCCACCAGCCAUCCAUUGCCGUCUUCGAGGCUUUUGAUGAGCUGCUGCUGCUGAAGCGCGGCGGCGAGGUGAUCUAUGGCGGUCCGUUGGGCUAUCACAGCAGUGACAUGGUGCGCUACUUUGAGGCCAUCCGCGGCGUGGACCCAAUUUCCCCCUCGGCCAAUCCAGCCACCUGGAUGCUGGAGAUCUCCACAAUCUCUGCCGAGCAGCGCCUGCGCGCAGACCUGGCCGACCUCUACCGCCACAGCCACCUCGCAGCGGCCAUCGAGGACAUGGUGGAGGAGCUGAGUCAGCCCAAGCCCGGCACACAGCCGCUGGCGUUUGACUCAGAGCAUGCGCAGCCGUUGCUGAACCAAUACCUGAUCAUCCUGAAGAAGAACACCAUUGCGUACUGGCGCUACCCUUCCUACAACGCCGUCCGAUUCACCUUCACUGCCAUCUUUGCUGUGCUCAUGGGCGCAGCCUUCUGGCAAGCUGGCGCCAACAGGACUACGGAGCUUGGGGUCCUGCAGGUGGCAGCUUCCCAGUACCUGGCAGCUCUUAUCAUCGGCUUUGUCAAUUCGGCAACAGUUCAGCCUGUCAUUGCCAUUGAGAGGACAGUCUUCCACCGAGAGAAGGCAGCAGGCAUGUAUGCCAGCUUCCCAUACGCGCUGGCUCAGGGCGAUGUGGAGCUGCCUUAUAUUGUAGUGCAGACUGUCAUCUGGUCCCUGAUCACCUAUUUCAUGAUGGGCUUCGAGCUCCAAGCAGGAAAAUUCUUUUGGUACUUGCUGUUCACACUGCUGACCAUGUUGUACUACACCUUCUAUGGGCUGCUAGCAGUGGUGCUAAGCCCAAACCUGCAAAUCUCUUCGGUGGCCUCCACGCUCUUCUAUGCCAUCUGGAAUCUGUUCUCAGGCUUCCUUAUCACCCUGCCCCAGAUGCCGGGUUGGUGGUCAUGGUACCUGUGGCUGUGCCCAGUGUUCUGGUCUUGCUGGGGGCUCAUCACAACGCAGCUGGGCAAUGUCCAGGAGCCCAUGACGCUCCAGAAUGGCACUGUGACUCAGGUGGAUGUUUACAUCAGGGACCAUUUCGCCUUCUACUACGAAUGGAGAGGCUGGGUCAUUCUCGUGCUGCUAGCGUUUGUGCUGGCUUUCAGGGUUGGUGCUAUUGUGGCGGUUACAAAGCUCAGCUUUGUAAAGCGGUGA